ACCAAUACUAGCUAUAGUUUAUUUGUUUUGUCUUUUCAUGUUUAGUUUUGACAGGGAAGAUGAAAGUCGCGAAGGAAGAUAUAUGGAAAUAAAUAUUUUCAUGUGUUUAGAUUAAGCUAUUUAAAAAUCGAACCCCAACAUUUCCGUUUAUGUGUAUUAGUAUAUUUGAAGUGUGCAAUGGCUGUACAUAAUUAUAUUUGCAGGGAUAAUUGUUAUGAUUAAAGAGUGUUAACCUCAAAUUAUGCCAAGGAACUUAGUGUUUCUAAAAUAUGAAUAUUCUCGGACAUUCUUCUCCUUACACUCUUGUCUGUGAUAUAGUAUGAGUAUUGCAACAGAUUUAAAUGUAAUAAACGAUGAAAUAGUAUUAUUUUAAUGCACUGGCAAUAAAAAGGAAUAUACAGUAGCCAACUUUGCUAAUAUUCAGUACAUUUGUAUCAAAUCACAGAGGAAAUGUCAUCAGCAACAGGUUACAAGCAUUUUUUAUUCCGGCCGCAAAAAACUUUUUAUCUUGAUAUUUGUAAUAUUCAAGACUUUGGCAACUCUGUGACACAAGAAAAAUCAUUCUUCUUAAAUAUUUCAAGAGAAGUUCCGUUCCAAAGAGUUUUAACUGUGCAACAUUCCUAUUGCGCCCAGCCUAGACAUAAUUCUGUGAUAUGCAAAGGCGGUUUGGUGGUAAUGUCUGGAGAACUGCUGCACAAGACAGGUUCUGAUAAGAACAUGAAAGCAAUCAGUUCAGGUAAUCCUCGGAACAAAGUUGCCCUAAAACCAGGACACUCAUUGAUGGAUUGGAUACGACUUGGAAAUUCAGGCAAUGAUUUAGCAGGGACAGGUGGUGCAUACUUGAGUGUAACCAAAGCCCAGCUUGCAGAGCACAACAAACAAGAUGACGCUUGGCUUUCCAUAAGAGGAAAGGUAUAUAAUGUAACGAGAUAUAUGGAUUUCCACCCUGGAGGUCCGGAAGAACUAAUGAAAGGAGUUGGUACUGAUGCAACCAAAAUCUUCAAUGAGGUGCAUGCUUGGGUAAACUAUGAAUCAAUUCUUCAGAAAUGUGUCGUGGGCCAACUAACAACAACCUGUGAUGAAGACAUUGAAAUUGUACCAACGUUAAGCCCUCCAGAGACACCUACCAGGUCCAAAUCUGGCAGUAGGCAGAACUGCACAACUUUACCUAACAAACCAUACCAAAUGGAUUGGUUUCAACAAGUUGGUUCCAUCAGCUUGGUUUUCUAUACAAAAACUUGUGGACCUGAUGUUCACGUUCACCUGGAAAGCGAAGAUCUGUUAUGUAUAAAAAUCACCAACAGAGUGCAGCACCUGAGACUUGAAUCUGCAGUCAGCUGGCCUUGUUCUGUGUUAGUCGACGGAAACGGAAAAGUACAGAUUAAGCUCACAAAGAGGAAACCCGGUUUGUGGUCACGGUACGGUACUCUGGAGACAAGUCCCGAGAAUGUGGCAGAGUACUGGGAGGUCACCAUCGUGAACAGCUCAGUCAUCACUCAUGACACCAGGCAGAUUGACUUCAUGUACACUCAGAAUGUGUAUAACUACAUCCCAGUCGGCCAUCAUGUGUUUGUCAAGGCAAACAUUAACGGAGAGGACGUGGUGAGGCCGUACACCCCAGUGACGAGUCUGGCCGGUAUCAGUAUCCCACCGGCCGGCUGUGUGAGGUUACUGGUCAAGGGCUACCCCUCAGGCACCUUGAGUUCUUGGCUGACUUCUCAACCCGUAGGCACUAGACUCCAUCUCAGCCUGCCCCUGGGUUCCUUCAACGUACAACCCCUCGCUACCAUCACUCACCUGAUGUUGUUAGCUGCUGGCACUGGCUUUACGCCCAUGAUACCUCUCAUCACCUGGGCACUCCGGUCCACAAGAUCAAAAGUCCAGCUGAUAUUUUUUAACAAAUCUGAAAAAGACAUUAUCUGGCAAGAACAGUUGAAUAAACUGAUGGCAGACAACGCCAGGUAAGGUUUUGGGCUAGAAGA